ACCACAACUUCCCCUCUGUGAGGUUAAUGCAAUACUUUAGUCUUCGCAAGAACAGAGGAAACGAAAAAGACCACAACUAGUUGAGUUUGCUGCUUGUUGAAAGAGCCCAGUCCUGUGUUUCUGUUAUCAUGGCCGUUUGGGGUAGGAGCACGCUACUGGUGGCUUUUCCUCUGUGGAUGUGUUUUGGCAGAGCUGCUGCCUCUCUUCCGGAACCGUAUAUUUGUUAUGUGCUGGAUGGGAUCCUGUUUCUGUACGGCCUCAUCCUGACAGCGCUCUACUGCAAAAUUAAGUUCACCAAGCCAGCUGGCCCUGCGAAAGGAAAGCAGAAUGUUGAAGAGGGCAUCUAUACUGGUUUGACCCCUCAUGCCCAGGACACGUACGAAACCAUCGGCAUGAAGAAGUGAAGAGCUCGAGUGCAAGAUGGACAUUUUCUACCUGAUUGCUUUGUUUUUUCUUUUCCUAUUUAAAUACUGAAUAUUAUCCAUGGCAUAGAUUGGGAAACUGUGAGCCACAGUUUUCAUUUUCCUUUUGCUUAUUUAGAAUCGGUGGGAGGUUAAAUUAAGAAAUACGAGAGAGAGUGAAAGAGGGAAGUUGGCAAUUCUCGGAAAUGGGUGUUAGGUAACUGUUUUUCUUCUGCUGUAUAAUGUUCAAUUUUUGAAAGAAGUCAGUUUUCUUAUAUGUGUGAAUGUUUAAAAAAAAAAUAAGACAUGGAUUCACUGUACCUUUUGUGUACCUUUUAAGUUGUAUUGCUUGCAGGGGUUGAAAAUCAUCUGGGAAUGGAAAACCAUAUUUGUCCUGUGUUGUGUUGUGAUACUCAGACGUAAGAGACCGUUGAGGAAGAGGGGCUGAUUUCCAGUACACCACAGGAUGGCAGUGAUGGUGUGGUCCUUACCUGUCCACAUUCACAAAACACACACACACACACACACACAGCAGGGAGAUCUUGAACGACAGUGUAGUAAAUGAGGACAACCGCAAUUAUGUUUCAACACGGAGAGACAAACCUCCUGCCACAAACACCUUCAUACAAAUAAUUAAUAAGUAAUAAUUUGUCGGAGCUCAUGACCUGCAUGUCAGUCUGAAAAGUAUUUAGCUGUGUCUUUAACAGGGAACCAAUAAACGUGACAACUGUGUGAUAAUGUUGGGAAAAAACCAGAGACAUGACUGCUCCCCAAAUAUGAAGCCACAAUGUCUUGAACGCCACCUGGGGGCCGGCUGCAGUAUAGGUCAAAAACCCUGCCUCCUCCAUGUUAAUGAAUGGGAUGUGGACUGAUGUACAUGUCAAAUAAAGGUUUGAUGAGUUCUUAUCACACUGAUGUAUGGUCAUUUUUCUGACUCUACCGUGCAGUGUCGUCCAUCUUUAAAUACAGUCCACGGGAGAAAUUAUGAAGCUAAAUAGUAUAGCCUGUGAUGUACAAGUCGUCAAUGUUGUUGUUGUUGACAUUUCAUCUGAAAGAAACAAUGAUUAAAUGUGAUUCUUUUUAACUCAA